ACGGCUCCGGGGCGCGCGGGCCACGCGCCGUGCGCACCCUGUCGGCGGCGGGGUCCCGGUGGGCUGCAGUCUCCGCGCCGCCGCGGCCGCCCUCUUUGGUGGUGGGAGGGGCAGAUCGAGGAGGCGCGGCCUGACGGAAGCCAUGUUUGUGGCGCGCCACAUCCCGGCGGACCAUAAAGAUCUCAUCCACGAUGUCUCUUUCGACUUCCACGGGCGACGGAUGGCUACCUGCUCCAGCGACCAGAGCGUCAAGGUCUGGGAUAAAAGUGAAAGUGGGGAUUGGCAUUGUACUGCUAGCUGGAAGACACAUAGUGGAUCUGUGUGGCGUGUGACAUGGGCCCAUCCCGAAUUUGGACAGGUUUUGGCUUCUUGUUCUUUUGACCGAACAGCUGCUGUGUGGGAAGAAAUAGUUGGAGAAUCAAAUGAUAAACUUCGAGGACAGAGUCAUUGGGUUAAGAGGACAACUCUAGUGGAUAGCAGAACAUCUGUUACCGAUGUGAAAUUUGCUCCUAAACAUAUGGGCCUUAUGUUAGCAACCUGUUCGGCAGAUGGUAUAGUAAGAAUAUAUGAGGCGCCAGAUGUUAUGAAUCUCAGCCAGUGGUCUCUGCAGCAUGAGAUUUCAUGUAAGCUAAGCUGUAGUUGUAUUUCUUGGAAUCCUUCAAGCUCUCGUGCUCAUUCCCCCAUGAUAGCUGUAGGAAGUGAUGACAGUAGUCCAAAUGCAAUGGCCAAGGUUCAGAUUUUCGAGUAUAAUGAAAAUACCAGGAAAUACGCAAAAGCGGAAACCCUCAUGACAGUCACAGAUCCUGUGCAUGACAUUGCCUUUGCUCCAAACUUGGGAAGGUCUUUCCAUAUUCUAGCCAUAGCAACCAAAGAUGUGAGGAUUUUUACAUUAAAGCCUGUGAGGAAAGAACUUACUUCCUCUGGUGGACCAACAAAAUUUGAAAUCCAUAUAGUGGCUCAGUUUGAUAAUCAUAAUUCCCAGGUCUGGCGAGUGAGUUGGAAUAUAACAGGAACAGUGCUAGCAUCUUCAGGAGAUGAUGGCUGUGUGAGAUUGUGGAAAGCUAAUUAUAUGGACAAUUGGAAGUGUACUGGUAUUUUGAAAGGUAAUGGGAGCCCUGUCAAUGGGAAUUCUCAGCAGGGAAACUCAAAUCCUUCCCUAGGUUCAAAUAUCCCAAAUCUUCAAAAUUCAUUAAAUGGAUCUUCUUCUGGCAGGUAUUUCUUUCCCCCUCUGGAUUCCCCACGGGCUGGAUCGAGAUGGUCCAGUUAUGCCCAGCUCCUUCCUCCUCCUCCUCCUCCUCUGGUAGAGCACUCUUGCGAUGCUGACACUGCCAGCCUCCAGUAUCCUCACCCUCGCAGACGAUCUCUCUCUCGGCCUCUUAAUCCCUUACCUGAGAAUGAAGGGGUUUAAAACACUGAUUUAACACUUAAAGGCCUUAUUCAAGUGCUUGUAAAUGCUUUCAUUCCUGGCUGCUUUUUGUUUUUCUUCAUUUUCUUUUAGAAGAUUUUUCUAACUUAGGGUCUGUCUUGCAUGUAUUACACCAGAACACAGUGUUUUGGAACCUAAAUGUGUUUGUGCUUCUGCAUCAAAGGAACAUUUGCCUCACUGGUUGAUAACCUUUGAUGAAAUGAGAUAAGUACAAGUAACAUGAACUGUGAGUUACAGUAGCUGAUUUCAAUUUCAAAGUGCCUAUUCUGUAAGUUUUAUUUUGAACUGUUAUGGUGUUAGUUUUCUUAUGGUUUGUCAUUCUGGUUCAUGUGAAAGGAUUACCAUAAAGUUCACUUUGCCUUUGAGACGUACUAAGAAAUGUUUUACAUUUUACAGGCUAUUGUUGCAACCAACUAGUUUGUAAAAUAAAUUAUUCCUGUGUAUAAAGCAGCAAAACAAAAUAA